CUCUAACGCACGUGUGACUGACACAGCAAAAUGGUCUUAUGCAAGGAGUAUCGCAUUUGCAUGCCGCUCACAGUAGAAGAGUAUCGUAUCGGACAGCUGUAUAUGAUUGCGCGCCACAGCUUGGAACAAUCGGGUGAUGGCGAAGGCGUUGAAGUUGUGGAGAGCUCUGAAUGUGAAGAUCCUGAUCAUGGCAAAGGCCAAUAUACAGAAAAACGCAUACAUUUGUCAAGCCGGUUACCAUAUUGGGUACAAUCGGUUUGCCCGCGUGUUUUUUAUAUCACAGAAAAAUCUUGGAAUUACUACCCAUUCACAAUUACAGAAUACACAUGUUCCUUUGUGCCCAUGUUGAGCAUAUCAAUCAAAACCAAAUACGAAAAUAAUAAUGGCUGUUCAGAAAAUUGCCUUGGCCUCAGCAAGGAAGAGCUGCAGACACGUUUACUAGAGGAAGUUGAUAUUGCUUUCGAUGUGCUCUCCAACCAAAAUCAUUACAAAAAAGAAGAAGAUCCAAAAUUUUUCAAAUCGGAGAAAACAGGUCGCGGUCCACUCAUCGAAGGUUGGCGCGGCGAUACUAAACCCAUUAUGUGUUCCUACAAGCUGGUGAAUGCUUCCUUUGAAGUUUGGGGUUUCCAAACAAAAGUCGAAGACUUCAUACAACGCAGUAUACGCGACGUGCUAUUGCUUGGACAUAGACAGGCUUUUACAUGGAUUGACGAAUGGUAUGGCAUGACGUUGGAAGAUGUUCGCGCGUUUGAAAAACAAAAACAAGCUGAAACAAAUGAGAAAUUAAAAGUAGCCGGUGAUAACUAAAGCGAUGAACACAAAAAAUGUAACAGAUUGUUGAAGCAGAACAGGGGAAAGGGGGAAGUGGGCGUGAGUUUCAGUAGGAAGCUCAAAUAAAAUAUAUAUGUAUAAGAGUAGAAUAGAGGUAGAGAGUUGUGCAGCGGGCAUUAAAAGUCAUAGCAUAGAAUACAGUCUGUAUAAACAAAGCUUAAUGAAAUCUCAAAAGCUUCAUUAGCCGUAAAAUAAUACACAAUAUAAUUACUCAGGAAACAUGAAAAUAUCUUCUAAAUAUUGAGCUUAGCCCUUAUAGUCAUGUUAUGUAAAGCAAAUUGUUUCAAAUUACUUUUAUAUAUACAUACAUACAUAUGAACCGUUUAUUUUGAAAGUGGCAUAACUGAACGUGACGGGUUUUCGUUCAACUUCAUCAAGCAAAGGUAAAAGGUUUUUUUCAUUAGUUUAUGACGAUAGGCCGAUUUACAGAUGCGUUCGGUUACAAGUAGCCCCCGUCACUUAAGCACAGGAGGUACGAAGUGGCUAAUGCCACUUUCAAAAUAAACGGCUCAUAUGUUCAUAUUUGUUGUUCAAAAACAAAAAAAAAAACGUUUAAAAAUAUGCCCACUUAGCUGCACGCAUUUAUCAACAAACAAUUUUUUCUGCUUCUGCAAAACUAGUUUUGAAAGCGGAGAACUGCUAUUUUUGAGUUAUUUUUACUCUAUUCCUAAAACAAAUACUUUUCUUAGCCAAUUUAGAGCGUUAUGUAACAAAAAAAAAGUUUAUUUAAAAGAAUGCACACUUUUAUGUUUGUAUGUGCAUACUAAUUAUAUGUGCGCAAUUAGUAAAUACCAACUACUAAUCUUGUACAAAGUUCAAUUAAUUUACCUCCAAAAACACACAAGAAUUGAAAGAAAGUGUAUUUAAUAAGACACAAAUACAAAGACAUACUAAAAAGAA